GGGCAGGUGUAAGGGACGAUCGAGGGGCUAAAUCGAUGCCGAUAGCGGUGCAACCCACUAUCAAUUUUCCCUAGCCCGUGCCGUCCUCAGCUUCUGUUAGUGCUGUUAGCGCUUGUCGUGCGUCGUCUUAUCGGUUCGUUAUCGUAGCUUGAGUCACUGGAAUUUGAGAAUAUAUUAAAGUUGGAUUCCCACCAAAACUGAACAACUCCAAAGACUGCUUAUUCUUCCAGUUUAGAAUUGAUGCGAUCCGAUAUGUGGUAGUUGAUAUAACUACUUAUCGACUGUUCUCAAAUCCAAAAUGCUCCGCGCACUAUGACAAUGCGUCUUAUGGCCUGGAAGAGGGCAAUUUCGAAUUCGAAUACGUCGUCGACCAAGGACCCCAUUAGAAUCAAUGGCUCCAAUCCAUUGUCGUUGUCGGUUGCGCGGAGUGCCCCAAAUUGCGGUGGGCACUCGAUAACGUUCACCUCUUCGUAUACCUCUAUAUCUAAAUCACAGAAACAAAGGAAGAGACUCGACCGAGAUUUCUUCGUCUCUGUCCUCGAAACUUCCGUCACCAAGCGAGAUGCCAAGGCUUAUAUGAACAAGUUUGUACCUGUGUUGGAGAAGAAGGGGGCCACAAAUUUCAAGCAGCGCGCGGUUCAGAACCGCCCGAUUAACGAGGAAAUCUCCCCCGAAAAGUCAUCCCCGAUUGAUGCCGUUAUUACCAAAACAGAUGUCGCGCAAGGACCGAAACCCGAGCCAGAUCUCGCAAUCCAGGUGCCCUUAUAUGUCGCUUUAGUCAAAUUCCGUGUCCCCCAGGAGGUCGAUGAUGAAACACUAGAUGGAGUUGGGAAGACCCUCAGCCAACUCAGAAAGCUCGGUUUAAUUAGUAUUGUGGUGGUUGAUUGUGGCAUCACCAGUGAAGAUGAAGCUGUGAAACGGCAAACAGCUACCGUGCAGGCCAACCGUAUUGCGACGGCAAUCGACAACUAUGAUGCUCCGGGGGCACGAGUGAUAGACUCGCCGAUUACUAUCGAUGCCCCCGCCGAGGGGGAUGGUUCACACUUUACUUCACGAGGCUUGUUUAUCGGCAACCCUAAUGACUUGAUGUCCGCAUUACAGGAUGAGGUGGUUCCAAUCAUCUCUUCUUUCGGUUAUACAGCCGAUGCUUGCGCAGUUAAGCAAGUGAAUGUCAAUGAUGCUAUAUUGGCCCUCACUAGACAAUUAUCGGGUCUCCAGUUUAUAGGUCAACCGGUCGAAGAUUUGAAGUCGAUACAGACGUCCAGGUCCGCCGAGGUGUACCGAUUGAUUGUGCUAGACCCCCUGGGAGGGAUCCCAGCUAGGAAUCGAGCUACGGGAAGGCAUCUAUUUCUAAAUCUAGAGCAGGAAUUUCAAGAGGUACAGAAUGAUUUGACCUCAUUAGUGUCGCCCAACUCGGAUGGCCCGAGUCCAGACAGGCUACAACACUUGGAGAAUGCCGAGUUAGCAAAGAACGUUUUGUCUUUGCUGCCGCCAACCUCUUCUGCCGUAAUAACGACUCCACACGAGGUAGCGAAUGAACGAGCGCCGGAGGAUAGUCUCGUAGAUUUGGCACUUGUCGGCACAAGACGCAAGCAGAACCCGCUAAUACACAGUCUUUUAACUGAUAAACCUAUUCAGUCGUCCUCACUACCUACCGAGCGUUUCAGGCCAUUCACAUCUUCCGCUGGCACGGCUCAAAUUGGCUCGCUGACAACUUUAGCUAAACGUGGUAUGCCCUUGACCAUAUUACCAGAUCCUCGAGUCACUCCAUGGAAACCUCCCCAAGUAGGACAAAGAGGCCUAAAUCUCACAGAUCCAUGCAUUGAUCUCCCCAGACUAGUAAACUUAAUCGAGGACUCAUUCGGCAGGAAACUAGAUAUCGAUGAUUAUUUGAAGAGAAUACAUGGUAAUCUUGCUGGCAUUAUCAUCGCAGGAGAAUAUGAAGGGGGUGCACUUUUGACAUGGGAGAAACCUCCAGGCCUAAGCGAUGCCGAAGCAGCCGGCUCAUAUCGGCUCGUACCUUACUUGGACAAGUUUGCCGUGCUUCGCAAAAGCCAAGGAGCUGGUGGAGUGGCCGAUAUCAUUUUCAACGCUAUGGUUCGAGACUGCUUUCCACAUGGGGUCUGUUGGAGGAGCAGGAAGAACAACCCUGUCAACAAAUGGUACUUUGAACGGUCGAGAGGAUCACUGAAGUUCAAUGACAUGAACUGGACCAUGUUUUGGACGACUCCGCACUUGGCGUUGGAUGAGCAGAGGUUCCAAGAUUACGAAAGCGUCUGUCGGGGUAUUAAGCCGUCCUGGGCUGACAACCUACAUGUUGUCGAUUAAAAACUUACCAAGCUUGAACACGCCAAGAUUUAGGGAAUAUGGACUCAAAUUUCAAAGUACUCAAUUUACCGUAUGGCGAGAAAUAUUGAAAUUAUCGUGGUUUCGGCGUGCUUACCAUGUGUCGAUAGAUAUGAUUUUGCAACAUAGAGGUCCAAUUUUCUGCUCUUGGCCUAUCAGACCACUCCUAUAAUGAUUUUAUACAAUUUCACAUGCUGGCAUCCGAUGCUUAAUACGCAAAGAUUUUCCCUGAAUUAUUAUUCGACAGGGAAAAACGGGCCACAACAUUGUUAGGUACAAUUGUAAAUAACACCUCGCUCUCAUAAGACGUAUCAAUACAAAGCGCCUUUCUAUGGAACAAACUGCAGUACCUUUUGUCCACGUAUCGUACAAAUCAUCAUGAGGUUCCGGAAUCCGAAUAGGCACACCUAGGCUUGCGUCGCGGGGCGGCAAGGCGGCAAGCGGUCAGGAUGUAGAAACCCCACCAUCGUGGUUGGCAUUACAUACAUCUGGUCUUGGUGGGGGAAAAUAGGUGGAA